GAAAAAUUACUAAUCUCCCCAUUUCUUUUCUAGGUUCAUCCUGGUGCCUUUAAGCAAGGAGGGAUUACCUUGGUUGCAUGUUGUAUAUCUGCUGCAGAACAGGCCAGCGUUCCCAUCACUGUUCACUUUGACCACGGUACUUCAAAAAAAGAAUUGUUGGAUUCUCUUGAGCUGGGCUUUGAUUCAAUCAUGGCGGAUGGUUCACAUCUUCCCUUCAAGGAUAAUAUCUCAUACACAAAGCACAUAUCAAACUUGGCCCACUCAAAGGAUAUGCUUGUUGAGGCAGAACUUGGAAGAUUGUCAGGAACAGAAGAUGAUUUGACUGUUGAAGAUUAUGAAGCUAGGCUGACUGAUGUUAAUCAGGCCCAAGAAUUCAUAGAUGAGACUGGUAUAGAUGCCUUGGCAGUAUGCAUUGGGAAUGUACAUGGAAAAUACCCAGCCAGUGGCCCAAAUCUCAAACUUGAUUUGCUUGAGGAUCUAUAUGCCCUAAGUUCAAAGAAAGGAGUUUUUCUUGUGCUUCAUGGAGCCUCUGGUUUGUCCAAGGAACUUGUGAAGGGGUGCAUAGAGCGGGGUGUGAGGAAGUUCAAUGUGAACACUGAGGUACGAAAAGCAUACAUGGACUCACUGAGGAACCCCAAGGGAGAUCUGGUACAUGUAAUGGCUUCUGCGAAAGAAGCCAUGAAAGCCGUGAUUGCAGAGAAGAUGCAUCUAUUUGGUUCUGCUGGAAAAGCAUAGAUGGUUUCGCAAUUCGGAUUGUGGUCAUUGUUCCCUGCAAAAUAAUUAUAGAAAAGGUUACUUCCAUUUUAUACCAUUAGUCCUUCUCUGUACCAAACAUAUCAUGGUUCUUUUUAUUUGUGAAAAAAAAUUGUGGUUGAGAAUGAGAUUGGCCUGACAGAAUCCAGCUGAAUUAGCAAGAGUUGGUUAUUCUUGUGCAAGAUCAACUUUCUAAUAUUUUUGACCUAGAUGUGUUUUUUUAUAUAUAUUUUUUUAUUUUUAGGUUAGUAUCUAUAUGUUAAAUAGUGAAAUAUUAUAUAUUUGGUGUUAUUCCAAGAAUUCUAACUGUUGUAAUUAUUAAAAGUCGUGUAUCAUUGUUAAGAACCAUUA